UAUAGUGUGUAUGCAUAGAACAGACUACAGCAUUGCACCAACCCCAAAGGAGAUUCUCUUCACUGAGAGAUUUUUGGAAGAAUUGCUUUUCUCUUCCAUCACUUCUAUCCAUUUUUUCUUCCUUUUUCCACCGUUAGCUAGUGGCAGCGAUACCCACUCAUCGUUGUCCUCCCUGCACCAGGCUGUUCUUCCGGGCAUGCUACUUAAGCCCAAGUAUGGCCGCUUUCGCAACGACUCUGUGACCUCCUCAGACGACCUGAUACAGAGCUUAGCCAUGAGCGGGAAGGUGGUAGCCACAGCAGUGGCUCCUUCUUCAGUACCAAACUCACCAGUGCCACCCUUGGAGCCCACCAUCCUCACCCCACCCUUAGUCCAGGCAUUGGAUGAGUCUCCUGGCCUGGAUGGCGAGCAGGACAGUACCACCACCUUUUGCAUGCUCAUCCCCAAGAUGCCCCACUGGAAGUUCUCUAACUCGCUACUGAGCUGCAGUCCAUCUAACAGUGCUGCUUCCAGCUCCAGUAAGGAUUCCAGCAAAAACACUAUGGCUAAGGCAUCCCCAGCCUCCUCCAGGAUAGCUGCAACCUCCAGUGGUCCCAUGACCAGCCUUGCUGCUGCACUUAAUUCCUGUGACCCUGUCUGUUUGGGUCCCUGUUCACUGCAGGCUGUGAGCAGACAGAGGGUCGCCGUAGGCUCAGCUAGUCCCAGUGGCUUUGGAGGAACCGAGACAGCAGUAGGGACCCCAAGCAGUGCUGGAAGCUUCCGCACAGGCAUCAGUCGCAGGACCAGAGCGGAUGGAAUAUGGCUUGGUGGAGAAGAUCUUAGCCACAAAGGCAAUAUCAUCCAUAAGCCCUCGCAGGGCUGGCUGCAUUCAGAGAACAAAAUAUACAGCACAGGCAUCUCCUAUAUUGUCAAGUAUUUAGGCUGCAUUGAGGUGCUUAAAUCAAUGCGUUCGCUGGACUUCACAACAAGAACACAGGUGACGAGGGAGGCUAUUAACAGGCUGUGUGAAAUAGUUCCAGGAGGGAAAGGGGUAUGGAAGAAGAAGGCUGCCAACAAGGCCCUUCAUGCCGUCAUGGGAAAGAGUAACUUGCAUUUCGCUGGCAUGCGUAUUGCUGUCAACAUCUCAGUAGAAGGGCUGAAUUUGCUAGACCCCACCACGCGACAGGUGAUAGCACAUCACCCUAUGCAGUCGAUCUCCUUUGCUUCUGGAGGAGACACGGACACACCUGAUUAUGUUGCAUAUGUGGCCAAAGAUCCUGUCAAUCAAAGAGCAUGUCAUAUUCUGGAGUGCUGUGCAAACCUCGCCCAGAGCAUCAUCAGUACCAUCGGCCAAGCUUUCGAGCUGCAAUUCAAACAGCACCUGCACAGCCCACCCAAAGCCACAUCCAGCCAGGACAGGAACGCAAGGACAGAGGAGUCAGCGUGGGAGGAUGAUGACAUGUUUUUGGAGCACGAUUACUACAACAGAAUACCAGGAAAAGAACCUCCGCUGGGAGGGGUCGUUGACUCGAGGCUUAGGGUGCCAGCAGCCAUGCCGGGCCACAUCCACUGCGUACCGCAGAGCAAAGCAGCACAGUCUGGCUCUACAGCUAAGAGAGACAUGCCCUCACUACCUGCGACUCAGCUCUGUUACGAAGUGCAUUGGGACAUGGAGAACUGCAGUAGCUCAAGUGUGACAUCUGAUGGGUAUUUGAGAGCAGAUGGACAUCCUAAUAGUAGCCAGGAUUAUGAGGAGCACCUGUAUGUGAAUACACAGAAUCUGAACAAAACAAGACCACCACGAGAUGCACAAGGAGAAUGCAGCCCUGAGAGCCCCCCGAAAGACAUCUUCGACAUGAGACCUUUUGAAGAUGCUCUGCGUCUGCAUGAGGCUGGUACUGUGUGUGUGCUGGAGGACAAGUGGCCAAGUCCACCACACCGCAGAGCCCCUGUAGCCCCUACCGAGGAGCAGCUUUCUCGAGAAGCCUGGUAUCAUGGCCGAAUGAGCCGCCGUGAUGCAGAGAAGCUCCUGAUCCAUGAUGGAGAUUUCCUAGUGCGAGACAGUGCCACUAACCCAGGCCAAUAUGUACUGACAGGGAUGCACUGCGGCCUGCCGAAGCACUUGCUCCUGGUGGACCCAGAGGGAGUGGUACGUACUAAAGACAUGCUGUUUGACAGCAUCAGUCACCUGAUCAACUAUCACCUGAGCAACAAGCUGCCCAUUGUAGCAGCGGAAAGUGAGCUUCAUCUCCAGCAAGUGGUGUACAGAAAGCAGUGACCGCCAAUCAGACAAGGGUGUAAAUGUGUAAAUGAAACACUUUCACUUGCCUGUCUUCACUUAAGGAACACAUAGUGGUACAAUUUGAUUGUAUUUUAUUAAUAACAGACAUUCAACCCUUAAAACACUGUAAAUUAGUGAAAUUGCCCCUAGGUUUGAAUGAGUGGGUACAUGAUGCCCUGUAAUGGACUGGAGUCUCAUACAAGGUGUGAUCCACACCAAGUACAUCACACCUAGUGUUCCCUGGAUCCACUGCAAUCCUGGACAGAAUAUAGUGUGUACUGAAAGCGAUUGAGUGUAAAUUAGUAUGAAUUCUGUUAUUAUUCUCAGGUUAUCAAUGAAGCUAGGCAUCGUUUUUUGCAGCCAACCCUGGGCCCCUACACCUUUGCCUUAAACACAGAUUCAAAACUUUUAUUCUACAUUAUACAUAGGAAUGGAGCAAAAUGUCCAUCAGCACCUUAUACACAACUGGCAGCAGAAUUCAGACGCACAUGAAAAAUGUGCUGAUGUUAAAUUAUACCAAAAAGGCACAAGAUUGUAACUGUGUUAAAAAUGUUGGUGUAAUAAUUUUCUCAGGAUGCAAUGUCACAGUGCUGUUUUUUUCUGUUUAUUUCUUUACAACAAAUGGUCCCUAGAUUUGGAUAGAGAGUAAAAGCUAAUUUUGAAAGCGAUUAAAUUCCCCAUAGACUUAUUCAUAUUAUUGGUUUGAAUUGGUUUUCAUCCAGUUCAUCAUUUUAUAGGACCUCUAGUCACAAACAGCUUUAAUCUAUGAUCAUCAUAAAUGCAAGUUUUUAUUCGAUUAUCCUCCUGUCCUUGGCAUGGCUCAUGAAAGUAAGUGUCACAGAGAACAGUGAGAAUAUGAACCCUCAAGGCAUUUUAAGGCAAUGAAGAGUGUUGUAGAGUUAAGGGUUUUUUUGUUGUUGUUGUUGGUUUGGCCAUGUUCUUUGUUCAGAAUAACCAUCUAGCUGGCUAAUACUGCAAAGUUAGCUUCAAAACACAAAGUUGA